GUCAUUCGAUUAGUUAGAUUAGAAACGUUGCAACGGCCGGAAGACGGCGUUGUACGGUCAUAAAAAGGUACUGGAAAGAGGAGGCCCCCAGAGAACGAAAAAAGCAGCUGGGAAGUUCAUCGUCGAUUCCGGGCAACGCACACUCCAUACCCGGUCGAGAGGAAGUUUCUCUCGUUUUAAGCUAGUGAAAAGAAGCUAAUUCAGAACACUCAACAUGUCUACCGUUGACAAGGAAGAGCUAGUUCAGAAGGCAAAAUUAGCCGAACAAUCUGAACGGUACGAUGAUAUGGCACAGGCAAUGAAAUCAGUUACAGAAACCGGUGUGGAACUGUCAAAUGAGGAAAGGAACCUACUGUCCGUUGCUUACAAGAACGUUGUCGGUGCCCGAAGAUCAUCAUGGCGAGUGAUAUCGUCGAUUGAACAGAAAACUGAAUCCUCUGCCCGCAAACAGCAACUGGCACGAGAGUACCGGGAACGAGUUGAGAAGGAACUGAGGGAAAUCUGCUACGAAGUCCUGGGCCUGCUGGACAAAUUCUUAAUUCCCAAAGCCAGUAAUCCAGAGAGCAAGGUGUUUUACCUCAAAAUGAAGGGAGACUACUACAGAUACCUAGCUGAAGUAGCCACCGGCGAAACCCGCCACACUGUGGUUGAGGAUUCGCAGAAAUCGUAUCAGGAAGCGUUCGACAUUGCAAAGUCGAAAAUGCAACCCACGCACCCGAUUCGGUUAGGUCUAGCGCUGAAUUUUUCCGUCUUUUACUAUGAAAUCAUAAACUCUCCAGCACGGGCUUGCCAUCUGGCGAAGCAGGCAUUCGAUGACGCGAUUGCUGAGCUGGAUACGUUGAACGAGGACUCCUAUAAAGACUCGACACUCAUCAUGCAGCUGCUGCGAGACAACCUGACGCUGUGGACGUCCGAUACCCAGGGUGACGGCGAUGAACCACAGGAGGGUGGCGAUAAUUAACCAAACUAAAAUUAAAGCGAUACAAAAACACAUACGCAAACACUACCAACAAACCAACAUAGACACACAGACACGAACAUACACACAUACACAACUACACUGCUACACAACACAAACACACACUUAAACCAUAA